UUCAGUUAAACAACAAAUCUCACAUUGAAAACAUAGGCAACAAUAUUUUUGAAUAUUUAUAAUAUCAAUAAAAAUUUUCUAAAAUCUGGUAAAUAAGCUGAGCCACAAUGAAUCGCGCGCUGGAGGAUGUAAUUCACAGACACGCUGCCAACACGGAUCGCAUUACAGCUGAGAAUACACUGGGCUAUGUGGUCUCUGAUAAUACCACCGGCAAUGUGGCGGCCACCUCUUUCGAUAAUACCAGUGCCCAGGGCAUUGUGAAGCACAUGAAUGGCAUUUUGGUCGGCAUCGUGCAGAGCGCCAUCCGGGAUCUGGAUCCGACAAACAAGCUCUGCUAUCUGCGUGUGCAAACACGCAAAUUUGAAUAUCUCGUCGCACCAGAAGAUCUGUUUACUAUUACCGUGUUGCAGUAAAAAGAAAAAGAUCGAUGUUUUGCAUUUGAAUUUGUUGCUUGCUCUCGAUGUUUAAUGCCGAGUUUAAGUGUUUGUGUGUGCUGGUGUCCAGUGAAUUAAAUUUUAAAUCAAAAAAUAUUGUUCUGUUGAACUUGAACCCCGGAUGAAUCGGAAAAGAAUGCCUGAAUCAACAAUACGAAUAAGAUAGAAUACGAUAUGCAGACCGAAAAUCCUUUAUAAUACCCAAGUGACAUUGGCAUUAUUUAUGGCAUGGCUUCAUUGGGCAGCGGGCACGAAAUUUAUCCAUGAGAAUGCGGCCUUCUAAUGCGAUAAUUCAAAAGAUUUACUUCUGUCAACAUGACCAUUUUGUAGACAAA